GAGAAUAAACUACCAAGAAGUAUAUUUGUAUAAUGGCAGACGCAGAAGAUAUUGAUAUCUAUGGAGAUGACCUUGGUGGUGGUGAUCCAGGUGAUAUUUACGGUGGAUUAGAUGAUGCACCAGCUGCACCAGUUGAAGAUUCAAGGGACGAUGUUAAAUUUACUAUCAGCGAUAUUGCACAACCAAAAGUCGAAGACGAGAAGCCAAAAGGAGAAGUUCUACCAACUGCGAUAACAAGCACGCCUGUCUUCAGAUCCGAACCUUUGCCGUAUAACUACAAACCAUUAGCUGCACUCAUGUUUAACGAACUCCAUUGGUACACCAAAGAUGAAGAUUUGAUGACAACAAUUGACGAUCUGGGUAUUAGAGUGAGACAUCAGGAUAUUGCAUUUGCAGAACACAAAGUAAACGGGAAGAGUAAAGGUACCGCAUACGUUGAAGUGGCAAAUAAGGAUGCAGCAGAAAGGGUAAAGAGAUGGUUUGAAACUCACGAUUUUCAAGACAAGAGAAUGCAAGUGCAACACACACCAUGUGUCAAUGGAAAUCCAUUUAAAACAAUACCAAAGGAGAACAGCGGAAAGAACGCUAACCUUGCCUAUCAAAAUCAACAAUUGAGUAGAGGAUCAUUUAGACCACGCGGUGGCAGUCGUCCUCCACCUUCAAACCAUAGCAGACCACCAAGUGGUGGCGGUGGUGGUGGUAGUGGACCACCAAUGAUGGGUAUGCCUAAUAUGAUGGGUAUGCCGAUGAAUCCCGCUAUGAUGCAACAGAUGAUGAUGAGUGGUAGACCUCCAUUGCCACACAUGGCAGGUCCUAACAACUCGAACACGUCCCAACGCGGUCCAUCAAGUUCAGAGGAUCCAAGAUUAGCAAAAAGAGCUAGACAGAACUAAUCGUGUUAUUUUAUUUUAGUUUCCAUUUAAUCUACA